AAAAUUCCUACAUUCAGUGAAGUGUGCAAACGAGGCACGCGAGAGAUCAACUCGGAGGCUAAACAGGAACAAAUACUUACGGAUAUGACACGUUGCCAGAGCUUACAGUCCUAUCCAACCGCCACAAUGACAGACAGCGGUUCGUUGUCUUGGUCCGAACAGAAGGAAAAGGGAUGUUCGAAAUCGACGAUAACCUGUGGUAUGCUGCCAACGUUGAGAGCACUGGCAUCCAAGGAAUGCGAGAACCGUCAGGGAGCUAUCUGCUGCCUCGUGCCGUUCGAUACAGAAAUGGAUUCAGCCAGUCACCUGCAAAUGAUCUUGCUUGAGGCAUACUGUCGUGAAACGGGAAUCAAGGUGUUACGAGUAUCCAGGGAGCGGAUACGGGAUCAUUUGUGUCCGGGAACCGGAGAUCCAUCCUGUGUACUAAUAUCCAACGAAGAUCCAUAUUUUCUUGAUCCACCAGAAUGAAUUGGAAAAUGUUAAUCCUUCUGGAAUGAAUAUUUAUUCUGACUGGGUGCAGUCAUGCAAAAUUACCACGUUCCCUGAAGCUGCUAAGGAAGCCGUUGAACGAUCGGUGGAAGAGGGGGCCAUUCGUAUACUUGGAAAAGCACCGAUAACGGCCGGUAUCGUGACAAUGGACUGGCGUAAAUUCCUGCAUGAAUUUCGAUUAAGAUGAAUAGUCGAAUGGGAAGAUCGUUUAGAAAUAUUAUAAGUGAUAAGAGUUAAGACCGAGAAAGAGAAGCGAAAAGUUGCGUCGAUCACGUGCGUGAUACACGUGCUUACAUGUACGGUUAUGUUACUCACACACGAGUUGUAAUUAUGAUGUAAUUGUUGAAUAUGUAAAAACGUGUCAUUGUUAUGACUCGAUUAUUUUAUAAUAUAUGCACUUGUUAACAAAAAUA